AUGGAAAACAAUACUUUUCCCCAGUAUUUUAACCUUACCAUGUUUGUGAACAUAGGAAACUACCGCUACCUCGCAUUUGUCCUGUGUCUACUGUUGUAUGCUUUUAUUAUCUUUUCUAAUCUUGUAAUAAUAGUGCUGAUAUCACGAGAGAAAACUUUACAUGAGCCUAUGUAUAUUUUUAUUAUGUGUCUUUCUAUCAACUCUCUGUAUGGCUCUGCUGGCUUCUUCUUCAGAUUUCUGAGAGACCUACUGUCUGAUACUAAUUUGAUUUCACGCACAGCUUGUUUUGCUCAGAUCUAUGUCAUUUACACCUACGCAUCCUAUGAGCUGACUCUGUUAGGCAUAAUGGCUUAUGAUCGUUACGUUGCUAUAUGUCAACCUUUAAACUACCACAACAAAAUAACAUCAAAAGCGGUCUCAAAGUUGGUUGCCUUUGCAUGGAUUUAUCCAAGCUUUUCUAUUGCAACCUGUGUGUAUCUUUCCUCCAGACUUCCAUUGUGUGGCAAUAAGAUACCAAAGGUAUUCUGUGCCAACUGGCCUGUUGUAAAAUUGUCAUGUGUCAGUACUGUGAUUAAUAACCUUGUCGGCAUGUUUGUAUCCAUAAGCACCGUCUUCCUGCCCCUGGCCUUUGUCAUGUUUACAUAUAUAAGAAUAAUUCUCAAUUGUAGGAAACGCUCUUCAGAGUUUAAGAGCAAAGUCAUACAAAACUGUCUGCCACACAUUGUUACAUUCGUCAACUACUCCAUUACUGUGUUUUGUGAUGUUGUCCUCAGCAGAAUUGAUCUUGAAGCGCUGAACCCAUUUUUAGCAAUAAUUUUAUCACUCGAGUUUGUUGUGAUUCCUCCCAUGGUGAAUCCUCUUGUUUAUGGCCUGAAGCUAGCAGAAAUAAGAAAAUGUGUUUUAAAAGUGUUUUUACGCUCCGUACCUGUGAAAACAAACCACAAAAAAUGA